CAAUUGGAUAAUUUGAUGCAAUCAGCAAAACAUGUAUCUGUAGCUCUAAAUUUAGCUUUCUUUGUUGAUUUUUCGUGUUAUGUGCGCACUGUUUAAUUUUUCUUUUGAUUUUUUUACAUUUUAUUUUCAAAAAAAUUCCGUCGUCAAGCUAUUUUGAGUGAACAAUGCAAUUAAACGCUAAAUUACUACUGAUUAGUCUUAGUGUUGUUGGAAUUGUCAGAGCGACCGAAGAAUUAAGUGCAAGCACCGACGAUGACACCGAAAUUUUCCGUAAUUUGGUGCGCCCAUUUCGCAUGGAAAAAUUAAACUUGAUUUGGGUUAAAGCGCAACAGCGUCUCACUGAGCCAAAGCUGCAAUCUUUGUAUACACAAAUGAAAACACAAGAUAAAGAAGAAAUUCAGUACAAACAAAAUAGCAAAGACAACGAUAAAGAUGGUUCACAGGCAGCAAAACUUCGAAAAAAAUUGAUUGGCAUUAUGAGAGCAUAUAAUCUAUUGGAAUAUGGCGAUCAUGAUAAAAAUAUCAAACCAGGAAAAUACGAUAAACAUUAUGAUAAUAAUAAAGUUAGCACAUUUAAGGAUAAAAAAUUGAACAAAUUAUGGAACAAAGCCGAAAUGGCCGGAUUUACUGUCGACGAACUGAAUGAAUUGAAAAAAGAAUUUUCACACUACGAUGAAAAGGUUGAAAUGUAUUAUAAAUUGCUCGAUAAUAUUGAUGAAACAAUCAAAAAGCGAUAUGAAAAUACGGUUAAUCAAGAUGAAUUAGACUUUUUCAAUGAGGUUGUUGAAGAAGAAGUUAAAGAUGAUCACAGAGAAUACGUGGAUAAUGCAAAUAAAUUGCGUGAUAAACACCGUGAUUUGAAAGACACAUAUGAUCGAUUGGAACAGAAAACGGCCCAAGGACGGAACCGUGAUCAGUUUAUCGAUCCAAAAGUAAUACAUCUUUGGAAUACUGCACUUCAGAGCAACUUUACAGCUAGUGAAUUGGCCGCAUUAAAGGAAGAGUUAUUCCAUUUUGAAACGAAGUUGUUAAAACUAAGUCAUUUAUAUGCUGAGCAGGCUUUAGGAAAUGAAAAAUUGAAGAAUAAAAAAGAUAAAAAAGCAACCGAGAAAAACGAUCACAUGGAAAAAAAUAUUAAAAAACACGCUAGAAAAGUAGAAAAGUUACAAGAAAGUAUUGAAAAGCAAGUGUAUCGACACUCUGAACUAUGAGAAUUGUGAACCAGAAAAACACCAAAUAAAUUGAAUACCUACAUUAA